AUGGAGUUGAAGCUACGUUUACCGAAAAUUUCGAUGAUGCUGUAUUACGUGGCAAAAACUAUGGGACUGGCACCAUUCACUUUAACGAACCACAAAUUUCAUCCACCGACCCUUCUGGGUAACGCAUAUUCGGUUUUUCUCAUCAUGCUUCAUUUAAUGGCAGUUUUAACAACUUGUCUAUGGAUGAGCUCCAACCCAAUUGGCUCAAAAAUCGCCACGCGAGUCAGUAUAUUAUCACACUUCAUAGCUCUGGUGACUCCAGCUGCCAUCGCGUUUGUAGCUCUAUGUGAGCAAAAGAAGAUCAUUUUGCUUAUGAAUAAAUUGUACAGCAUCUGCAACGAGCUAGAAAUUCUGGGCAUUUUCAACGAUGAUGGGGAAAGUUUUAAAAACUUUUUCGCUAUCUUCGCUGUGGCGAAUAUCAUCGUUGGUAUAUUUUCUAUCGUGACCAGUAUCCUGGAACCUUACUGGAUGAUUUCUAUUUCCAUUGCUCACGGUUUCCAGCAAUGUAUUCGUUUCAACGUGGUUCUAAUCUAUGCUAGAAUCCUGCUUUGCAUCCGUCAACGUUUUGUAACGUUAAACGAGAAACUGUCCGCCUUAUUUCAACCACCUCGCUGCUUCACAACACCAAUUCAUUUGUCACAUUUUCACGUGAGAAGAAGACAAUGUGAGGAUCACAGCCAAUCAAGCAGGCAGGAUUACAUCGUCAUUCAACGCAUUCGAAAAAUCGAAGAGUUACACAUGGAUCUGUGCGAUUUAGUAAAACAGACAAACCACGUAUUUGGCAUCCCCAUUCUCUGUAUUAGCUUACAAUAUUACAUAGUAUUCAUCAUAUCCUUUUACUGGAUCUACUUUCUCAUAAUGGUGUCUAACGAGUCCAAUUACUGGGGACAUCUUGAUGACGAUGUUGACUCGAAAAGGUCCUCAAUCUCGAACCCGAUCUUAGUGUGUAUCCUGAGAUCGGUUGUUCAAAUUACUGAGAUUCUCAUGAUCGCAUAUACAUCUGCAACAACAAGCAAACAAGCAAACUCCACAAGAUACUCAAUUCUCGAAGUGUGGAACGACUCCAUACCGGAGAAAUUUGGGAAAGAGAUCUACAUGUUUUCUCUUCAACUGUUACACAAACCACUCACUAUGACCAUAUUUGAUUUCUUGGAUUUGGGAUAUGCGUACCCGUUCGAGAUUGCAUGCACCGUUGCAAUGUACCUGGUCGUUCUAAUACAACUAGCUUCGGAUUGAUCAAACCCCCUUAUUCAGACAAUUCAACCGAAUAUGAAGUAAAUUAUUUAUUAGAUACGCGCAAGCAAUUUCGAAGAGUAAAAAACUUACUAAAUAGUUAAGCUUUCCUCCUUUCUCUAAUUGAAUUAACACGAGAAUAUAGACCAAUAAUUCCACAAUAAUCCGAUGA